AUGCAACUAUCUGAAAAAUAUGACACAGUCGUAGGAGAACGUGGUGUCCAAUUAAGUGGUGGUGAGAAACAACGUGUAGCAAUUGCUCGUGCUCUUAUCAAACAACCUCAAUUGUUACUAUUCGAUGAGGUCACAAGCGCACUGGAUCAUACAAAUGAGAAGAUUGUUCAAGAGGCACUUGAUAAAGCUUGUAACGGUCGAACAACGAUUAUCAUAGCUCAUCGCUUGAGAACAAUUCAAAAUGCAAAACGAAUCUAUGUUUUGGACAAUGGUACAGUGAUUGAACAAGGAACACAUGAAUCACUGAUGAGAAUAAAUGGAGGAAAGUAUCAGAGAAUAUUUAGAGCUCAACAAAUUGAAGGAACAAUUAAUGACAAUAAUGAUGAAAUGAUCAAUGAUAAAUCAGAAGAACAAUUAUCAACCGGGGCAGCAUUUAUUCGACGUCUUCGUUCCAAGGCUUUUGCAUGUUUUCUUCGUCAAGAAGUGGCCUUUUUUGAUCAAGCUCAAAAUAGCUCAGCUGCUAUCUGUCACCGAUUAGCGUCAGAUGCAUUAGAUGUUCAAGAAAUGGCUAGCAAUAGAUUGUGUUUAAUUAUUGAAACUGCAGCUGUUCUUGGUUUUGGUCUUGGCUUCAGUUUUAUGUUCGGUUGGCAAAUAGCACUUACUAUGCUGGCUUUCGUAUUUAUUAUUGGCAGUAGUGCAUCCGGUGAAGUUUGCAUACAGAUAAAAGUCAAUAAACACAUUCAAGGUUUUAAUCAAUUGUCCAGUUCACUUUUCGAUGGCGUUGAUGUUCGACUACUAAAUAUUCAAUGGAUUCGUUCACGUCUCGGUCUUGUCAGUCAAGAACCUGUUUUGUUUGAUUUAACAAUUGCCGAAAAUAUAACAUACGGCUUGGAAAAUGUGCCAUUUGAAGAUGUUAUAGAUGCUGCUAAGAAAGCUAACAUUCAUGACUUCAUUCUGAAAUUACCGCAAGGCUACGAGACUAAAGUAGGACUGACAGGUAAUAGAUUGUCCGGUGGUGAAAAGCAGCGAAUAGCUAUUGCACGAGUUUUUGUGCGCCGACCUAAAGUUCUACUACUUGAUGAAGUUACAAGUGCGAUGGACUCCUACAAUGAACGAGUAUAA